AUGUUUGAGAGCUGGAUGCGAACGCUGGUGGCGGCCGUGAUGCAGCGAGAACCCGAGGCCAACGUAGUCAUCGUUGAAUGGCUGCCCAUGGCCCACCAGCUCUACCCUGACGCUGUCAACCACACCCACCAAGUCGGCCUCAGCGUCGCCACCACCAUCAACUGGCUCCAGGAGGAACAGCAGAUGCCCUUGCAGAAUGUGCACCUGAUUGGCUACAGCUUGGGGGCCCAUGUGGCGGGCUACGCUGGCACGUUUGUGCGUGGGAGCGUCGGCCGAAUCACAGGUYUAGAUCCGGCAGGGCCCAUGUUUGAGGGGGUGGGGGAUGAGAAGCGCCUCUCUUCGGACGAUGCUGACUUCGUGGAUGUCCUGCAUACGUACACGCGCGAGGCGCUGGGCGUGAGCAUAGGCAUUCAGCAGCCCAUCGGAGACAUCGACAUCUACCCCAACGGAGGAGACGUGCAGCCGGGCUGUGACCUGACAAGCGUGCUGACCAGCGCCGCCGGAGGAAACUUCAUGGACGUGAUGAAGUGUGAGCACGAGCGAGCCGUACACCUGUUUGUGGACUCUCUGAUUAGCAAGGAACACACGAGCUUCGCCUACCAGUGCACAGACCCUGAACGCUUCAAGAAGGGCAUCUGCCUGAGCUGUCGUAAGAACCGCUGCAAUAACAUGGGUUACAACGCCAAGAAGACGAGGAAGAGGCGCAAUAGCAAGAUGUACCUGAAGACCCGUGCCGACACACCCUUCGGAGCAAGGCACCACAAUCAUCUUCUGAAGAUCCGUCUGAGCUGGGAGGGAGCGUCUGAGUCCUUCGGGUCCUUCUGGAAAAACAUUAAGAAGAGCUUCUGGGACUGGAAGAGCAGCAGCAACAAGCCCACCACCCAGGUGUUGGAGGUCCGUAGGAUCCGUGUCAAGUGUGGAGAAACUCAGAAGAAGUUCACGUUCUGUGCCCAGGACACCUCAUUGACUGAGAUCACUCCAGGACAGGGGAUCACGUACGUCAAGUGUCGCGAUGGCUGGGAG